GCUGAUAUUAUAGCUGUAAGAAAGUACAGCUGAUUUCCUUUUAAUAUUCAAUUCAAAAUUAAUUUGAGGUUAUUUGUAUUUUGUGAAUAUUGUGAUGUAAUCUUGUGAUUGUAUUCAAAUUUGGAAAAAUUACGGCUAAACACUUCUUGUCUUUUUCAUCAUUGUAGAUAAGAAUCGAUUUUAUAAUGUUCAAACCGCGUUUUAUUUUACCGGUUUUAAAAAGUUUACAAAGAAGUACAAAUUCAUUCAGCUGUCCUUGUGUCAAACCGAUUUUGAAAAAGAACAAAUCGGUUCUUCAGUCAUCACAUAUUCAUACAUCUUUAUUGCGAUCUAUGUUUAUUCAAACUCAAGAAACGCCCAAUCCAAAUAGUUUGAAAUUCUUGCCAGGUGUUAAGGUGCUAGAGCCAGGCCAAACAAUUGAUUUUCCGACAGCAUCAACAGCUUAUACUUCCCCACUAGCAAAGCUUAUAUUCAGGAUCGAAGGAGUCAAAUCUGUAUUCUUUGGUUCUGAUUUCAUCACAGUCACCAAGGCAGAUGAAGAUGUUGACUGGAGGGUUGUGAAACCAGAAAUAUUUGCUGUAAUCAUGGACUUCUUCGCUAGUGGGCUGCCGCUGCUGCAAACAGACGCAGUUCCUUCUCCUGAUACACAAAUCAAUGAAGACGAUGACGAAACUGUGAUGAUGAUCAAGGAGCUAUUGGAUACUAGAAUUCGUCCCACUGUACAAGAAGAUGGAGGGGACAUCAUCUUCAUGGGCUUUGAAGAUGGAGUUGUUAAAUUGAAGAUGCAAGGCUCCUGUACAAGUUGUCCUAGCUCUGUGGUGACGCUGAAAAAUGGAGUUCAAAACAUGCUCCAAUUCUAUGUGCCAGAGGUCAUUUCAGUGGAACAGAUAGAGGAUGAAAUAGAAAUUGUCACCAAAGCUGAAUUCGAAAAAAUGGAGAAGAGAUUGAAGGAAAAAGAAACGUCGAAUGAAACAUGAUUUUUUCAGUCGGUGAUAGGACUUGGUGAUGACUAAUGACUAUACUAACAGAAGGUAUCUGCUGUUCCUCUCCCAAUCAUUAAAUUAGUUUAAUGAUAAGAGGCUUGUGAAUCACUACCACUUUUAUAAAACAAUAAUAUGAAGUGAGUGAUCGAA